CCGACGUCGAUGGUUGUGGCGCGGGUGGCACUCGACGUGCCCGUGACGUCGGCAUCGGUGCCGUGGUACCAGCACGCGCUGGGCGUCACGUACGUGGCAGCAUCGAUCGCCCUCAGCUUUGCGGCUCUCGAAGGGUUUGCGACGUACACGGCGACCGACUACUUUUGGCCUCAGUUUGGGUCGACGGCGCCGGUGCUCCGACAGAUUCUAAACACCAACCUCUCGGUGCUACCGGCGACAGCAUUCGUGCCCGUCGACGUCUUUGCGCCGUCGGCGACCAUUCUCGGCUCACUCACCUCGGGCGUCGACACGGUGUACGUCCGGCGGCUCGUGUACAGCGACCUGACCGAUCUACCCUCGUCGAUUGCGAGUCUGCGGACGCUGAAUGCGAUGCAGGUGUCGGAGCUCGUGUCGCCCUACUGCUGGGUCGACCUGGAUAAAGUAUGGGAGCUCGCCUACACGUCCAAGCGCCAAGCCCGCUGCGUCGUUGCUGAGUCGUCGAACGCGGCGGUGCACCUCGCGGCGGUCCUCCGGAACAUCGACUUUGACGCAUGGCGGCACUUUACUCAAGGGCGAUUCGACGCGCACGUCGGUGGGCCCAUCGCUGCCACCGGGCCGUACGGCGCCUCCUGGCUCGACGCUUUUGGAGAUCGGUCGGACGGCACUGGCACGGCCUUUGGUCUGCACGAGUCGGUCUUGGUCGAGAACGCACUGGGCAUCCGUCUUCCGUGGCCGCUCAAGACGAUACCAAGCGUGAACCGCGCGCGGUUCCGCAACACCUGCGUCUUCUACGACCUUUUGCUCAACGACUUGUACGCGAUGAGCGCCAUCCAGUCCAUGGUGCGAAGUACGACUAACUACUUUGCCGAUACGACGCCCGACAUUAUGGAGUGCUACAGCGUGUCGUGUCCGCUGUCUGGCGCGAGUCGCGCCCUCCACGAUCAAGUGGGCGCUAUCGCAGCGCUCGACGCCAAGUGGCUGACGCCGCCGCCGGCCUUUGUAGCGGCAGCAACAGCCUUUCGGUCGCAGAUGAUUACCGCAUUCACUGCAUCGCCCACGUUGCACGCGCUUCUGGUGGCACCAGCCGUGCUUCCACUCCGCCCCGUUCAGUGGGCCGACCCGUCACUGCGUUUCGUGAGCGGGAAUCCGUGGUGUAUCUACGGCGCCGCACUGCCAUUUGUCCAGCAAACACUCAACUUUGACGACGUCUGUAGUCGCCAGAUGCCGCUAACUUUGGCGUCGUCGCUGGUUGGCUCUGUUUUUGCGUUGACACAGCUUCCACAUCUGGAAGGCGCGGCUGCGUGCGUGGCAGCGACCGACGCAGCUGGUUGCUUGGCCGUCUUUGAGGCAGCGCAAACCCUGUCCCGAAACCUAAGCGUGUUGCCUCUGGACGCCGCUGCAUUGACCAGUCUCGACAUUGGCCUCUUCCAGUACGUGGUCCACCAGACGCAGCUUCCGACGAACUCUAUGGCAGCGCCAGCGGUUGAGAUGCAGCCGCUUCUUGACGCUACCUUUGCUUUCUUUGGCUGGAUGAUGCUCUAUGAGUGGGCUAUCGGAGAGCGUGAAGUGAUUUCGCUGCAAGGGGAUGUUCAAACAAUGAACAUCAUCUCGGUCGCGUACCCCGCGGCCGUGUCUUCUGUGCCACCGGCGCCAACGUCGCUCGGACCUUACUUGUGGUACUUUGCGGCGAUGACGUCCGGUGUUCUCGGCGCCGUCGGAGCGGCGGCGAUUGUCCUUGGCUACGGCACCCGCUUCACCUUGUGGGGCAUGUUCAACCCCAUCGUGUCGUCGGUCUGGAUGGCGCGGCAUCCCUUGGCUGCCCGCGGCACCUUGGCCUGCAUCUGCCUCGCCACGGCUCCGACGUCGGUGCUCGACAGCUCGAAAACGCUUCAGCUCGAUCCAAGACCGCGCGCUCUCUGGGCUUCUUUGACGCUGUCGAGCGAAGCGCUGUGGCUCCUCUGUCUCUGGUACGAGGUGGUGCUGCCAAUUUUACGUCGCCCAGCCGCCAAAAUGCUGGUGCGAUGCGCUGCAUGCGCAUUUGUGGCGCUCGUGGGGUUGGAUCAGGGCUGGCCUGUCACAUGGAGCGUCUUUCUGGGGCGCUUGUGCGACUUGAACGACCUCACGGUUGUCACAUGCUCGAGUGGCUCUGUCGCUGUGGGCAGUUGGCACCGACUUGUGGUCGUUGGCCUUGUGCUACUUGGCGUUGCCGUCGGCGCAGCUCUGCUGUCGCGGCCCGAGCGUCAAGCGGUUCUUCACAGGCUCUUGCCCUUGUCUCUACGGUCGUGCGUCAAGGCGGGGACGGUCGAGCUCGAUGGCGCCAGUGCGUUUCUGUGCGGCGUCAUACCGUUUUCAAUUUGCGGUGUCGCGUACGUUGCGGACGUGAAGCUCUGGAGGGUUCUAGUGUGUGAUGCGUACGACGUGGCGCUGCGACGACGCUCUAUUGCCUUUGCCAACAGGUUCCAGCACUCGGUUCGCAUUCGAGCUACCCCCGCGACUCGGCAACGCAAGCUAAUGCACCAUGUUCCGUUGCUUGUCACGGGUCUCGGGUACCUCGUCGCGACGCUGUCGAGUAAUGUAGCGUACCUCUCGGUCAUGUCGGAAUCGCUCGCCAACGACUUUGGCUGGUCCGGCUUCAAUACGUCGGGGACCCACGCUUUCCUCGCCUCGACGUUCACUUCGCUCGCCAUGUCCUCGAUCGACAUUCCCGACCUCAUACUGGAUACGCCAACGCUGGGGGUACCAGCGUACUCGGACGCGCACGACGCUACCCAGUGGCAGCCCAACCUCGCCCGGCGUCAGCUCUUUGACGACGCCUCCAUUACACUUACGACCGUCGUCGACGGCCUCCGGUCCAUGGACCCGUGCCAGCUGCCGUGGAUGUUCACCCAGUACUGCUGGCUCGACUUUGGUCGGAAAUGGGCCAUGGCUUCGUCGGCAGCACGGCAAGCACGGUGCGUCUCCUCCAUGUCAUUGAGCGGCGCCGUUUACUUGGAGGCACCGCUGCGCAACCUCAACGAUUGGUCUGCCUGGCAGCGCUGUUGGGGCCGUUCGUUUGAAAUCGGUGUUGGCUCUGCGCUGCAGACGUCAGCGACCGGACGGCAAUGGCUCUCUGCAUUGACCGCAGGCUUUGUCAACUCGGUGGACGACGAAGUUUCAUCCUGGCGAGCUUCGGGUCUCUCGACCUUCCGGCUCCAGUGGCAAAACUACAAAACCACGGGAUUCGACGACGCGAUCGAGGUGACGACGGCGUGGGGGCUGUCGUAUCCGCUAACGAUCGCGACGUUCCCCCCCGAGAUGCACACGGACCGACAGACGUCGAUGCGGAUGUACUGGUCGUUGGCCAGCGAUCUAUGGGCCGUCGCCACCAACGACAGUGGCAUUGGGGGUGCGUCACUGCUUCGUGCGAGUGCCACGUAUGCAUUUACCAAUACGACACCCGAGCAACUUCUUUUUGUCAAUACGACUCUAGUGACGCCGUUGCAGGCCGGGCUCUGUGUGCUGCGAGACACCUUGGGUCCAUUUGGCGUCGUUGACAUGGUCUAUAUCUCGGUGCCGCCGCCGCUGCAACAGCUCUACGUCCUGCUAAACUCAGCGGUCGCCAACGUGACGACCACCGACAGCCUCGCCCAGUCGCGCUUUGCCGCGCUGCCAGAGAAAGCGUACGUUGGCGUGACGCCGUGGGAACUGCUGCAUGCGACGAACCCGCCCGGCAACGUCGGCGGUAACCUCGUGUGCGGCAGCGACCUGGAGCCAGUCGAUACUUCGAUCGGCUUGACGGCCUUUGUCGGGUUUGAGACGCAGUGCAGCUGGUGGCGGUCCGAGGUAGUCGCGCCGUCGUCACUGCAGCUCCUCUUUGCGCUGGUCGCCAUGAACGCGACCAGUGUCCUCGAUCCGACGUUGGAUUUUGACCAGUUUUGUGCGGCGGAUGCGUUUCCAGAACCGACGUGCGCCACCAUUCACGCCGAUGUCUACGACUUUGCAGUUGCCUAUACCUCGGCGUUGCCCCUCGCACCACUCGCCACCGCUGUCCAUUCGACCGUCGACGACCUCGGCAUCGUUGUGGCGCAGUACCUCCGCAACGCUUCGUCGCACGUGGAGCUCUACCAACGCCGCCUCUUCAACAGCUCGGACGACCGCGCGUGGCCGUUCUUUGGCUGGUGCUUUCUCUUCGAUUGGGUCGUCGGCAUGCGCGAGGUUGUUUCGUUUCAAGGUGAUCUCGGGGUCGUGCGGCCCAUCACCGCCGCGACGAGUCCCGUCGUCAUCGUCCUCGACCCGACCGAGAUCCCGACGGCGCUGAGCUUCGUGUUUCGGACGAGCGCCCAGUACGUCACUGUCGUGCUCAUUGGCGUCACAGGGCUCAUCGUGUGCUACACGAUGACAUCGCUCGGCGCCAUUGACGCCUUCAGCCUCUUCGACCUCAACCGCAUAGUCGGGCAUGUCUGGGUCGGCCGCCUCCUCCUCGUCGUCCGUAGCGCCACCGCUCUCUGGCUUCUCAACACGAGCGGCUUGACGCUCCAAAAGAUGGGAACCAGCGCAAUGCUGCAAGUGCCGUCGACGCCGUCGUACAAGGUCGUGCUCGUCGAGUCCGAACUCACGUGGCUUGUCUACGUGCUCAACGAUCUACUGAGCGGCGUCACGCAGCAGUACACGCCGUCGUACGCGUGGAAGAGCUCGCUCUUGACGUGGGCCGUGGCCGUCGGCUGCCAAGCGCCACGGCGCUACUCGGCGUCGCUCCACCGGCGAUGCGUCUACGACAACAUGGACGCCGGGCUUGUGUGCACCACCGGAAGCAUAACGAUUGGCCAUCUCAGCGGUGUGGGAACCGGCGUCGUGAUUGCACUAUGCGCGAUUGUCGGUACGGCGGCCAUCUUGGAGCGUUGGCGCCUCCCAGCGCUAUCGCCCAUGACACUACAAACGCUCUAUUUGAGCUCGGCCAGCUACUUUGCCCUGUCGCCAGACGCAGGGACGGUUGGUACCGACAUCGAUCCAGUGUUUGCGUUGAUGGCAGGCCUCGUCUCGCUUCGCUGGCGCGGCAAGCUCUAUGCUUUUGAUAUCAAGAGUUGGCGCAGCGUGCCCUGCCACGACGAUGUGAUCCGCGACGUGCUGCAGGCUUCGGUGGCGAGGCGGGCAGGUACCAGCAGCAGCAAACUCAUCCACGUUCAAGGCGUCUCCGCGCAUGACGCGCCAUAAGCUCACUGUCAUGUUGAAUCGAGUCCUUUUGAAUUC